CCUCUUAGAAUCCAAUCGAGACAGCACAAGCCGUACGACUAACCGAAAAGAUGGCACCGAUCGAAGGCAAGUACCAGUACGAGAGAAACGAGAAUUUCGAGGAGUUCUUGAUGUCGAUCGUCGGCAGCGAACAAAUCAACGACGUCAAAACCUUCGUCAAGAGCAAGCCGGUCAUCGAGGUUCGAGGGUCCGGCGACGAAUGGACCAUCGACGUCGUCAACGAUGGCAAACCGUUCACCUCGACCUUCAAACUAGGGGAGCCCUACACCGAGUCCAUGCUCUACGGUGCCAAACUCAAGAGCAUCACCAAGAUGGUUGGAGACAAAAUGAUGACAGAGACGUACAUGCCGGAUGGUACGAUAACCACAAGAAAUUUUGAAUUCACUGAUACGCACUUGAUCGUGAACCUGUCUCACAGUAAGCAGAGUACGAAGGCAAGACGCUUUUACAAAAGGCUUUAAAAGUUACAUCCAUUUCUCAAUGCCUGCGUGGAAUUAAUUAUAAUUGCAAUUAAAAAAUGUCAAUUUCCGUUUCUUUUUCCUAAUCGAUUACAUUGUGUUUUUUAUGGUCUUUAACUUGUAAGCUAGAUGAAAUAUUCCAAGUGAUCGUAUCUACGAUUCGGAUAUUGGUAGCUACUGAUUUACAAACAUUUUUAAAUUUACAUCAUUUUCCACUUUCUACGGGUUUAAUUAUUUUUUAUCAAUUAUCAACCUGUCAACCCUGUAACAUUUAAGGUCACGAUAUGUUAAACGUCGAGAUAGUACUACGAUUUGAUAUCAUUUACAGUUUAACGCAGUAUAAUUACUAUUAAAUUAGUUUAACACAGUAUAACGAUUUAAAGCGGGGUUUAAUUCAAUAUAAUAUUAUAAUUAUUUUCCACUAUCAGUUCAGGCUUUAAUAAUCGAAGAUACCACUUUUAUGGAACUGUACUCAACGUAUAUAAAUCCUUAUCGAAUAAAUAUGGAUGAAUGAUAAGCCAU